AUGUCUCAGUCCUUUGGAUUCUCCUGGACAACUCCCCACAGCUUCAUCAAGAGCUUUCGGGAGGAAAGCACACGCUCCAAAUACAUCAAUGACUUGGUGGAGCGAAUCAGUUCCGAGACAGGGAGUGGAACUACAGUUCUCCUGCAGGAGACCCUCAGAAAUUAUAUACAUCCUUGCAACAUGGACCUGGCCCUCACCACAAUCAACGUCAUGCGGUUCCCUUUCAACACAACAUCGCCUCUUGGGAACGACUACAGAAACCUCCGAUAUAGACGCACCAUCACAUUGACUGAGUCGUGGAACAUCGCUGGGUAUCUCACCGAAGUCUUGAGCAACGGGAAGAGACUCCACAAGUUUCUUGAAUUAGCGGAUCAAGUCAACCAACUUGCCUUCAUCUUCGUCUCAGUCAACCACCCGGAAUACUACUGGUUUAAAAUGUUCUAUCUGUACUCUACGGCCAGCACAAGAGAUGUGAUUCUAUUUCUUGUUAAUAUGAUCCGCCGUCGAAUGCUGCAAGCUAUCAUUCGGAACCCGCCUGGUAAGCAACCUACAGAUCUUGAUGGUAACCCUAUUGAACCAAAUUUGUUUGCUAGAGCCCAGCAAGCAUUUUGGCUCCACGAGUUAAAGCUUCUAGCGCGAACUCUCGAAGAGGGAUGGAGUGCCAACCAAAUCCAGAUUCCAGGAGAUGAAAACCCCGCGGAUAUUGUUGAAACCUUACAGGGCCCCAUGAUAUCGACGUAA